AUGAGCUUCGCUGCAGCCACGGCGCUCGAACUCAACCUCGCCAGCGCACCGCCCCAUUCGUUCCUCGGACUUGGCGGCGCGGCGCCUGCCCACCUCCGCGUGGACGUUCGCGACCUGGAGGACUCGUGGCCCGACCUCGCCGCCUACUUUGCCACCCAACUCCCAAGUUCGAAUGGUCUCUACCCCGCUCCAAGUACUGGUUGCAGCGCCGAGGACGCGGCCGAUCUCGAGGCUCUCCUCUUCAAUGUGUACCGCCGUGUGCACAGCACACUAUGCGGCGCAAAACGCUUAGAAGUUGGCGACAGCGUGCUGACGCCGCACGAAUAUUCCUUUCUUUCCUCGUUUAGCACUCGAGAAGGUCAAGAAUUCAAAGACACUCGCGUCUUUAACCUCUACCGUGCGCUCGCGCCGCCGUCCCCCGAGGGCAGUAGACGCAUCGACAAGCCAAACUACAUUCUCUACGCCGAGGUGACCGACGACGGCGACGUGUGGAGCGUCGGCGAGGGGAUGGGCGAGGUCGUGCUCGGUCCGCGACGCGAUGACGUCGAACGCUGGCUCGACGCACAUGCGUGGAGCAAGGUACGCGAUCAAGGGCGAGAGGCCCAAGUCAUGGCCGCGCUCUCAGAGCGGCAGCCUGCGCUCAACAAGAGCGUGGCACUGCAUGCCAACGGAAAGCGCGUCCCCGAGGGGAUCGCGCGCGACAUAUCCAGCGCCGACAAUUAUAUUUGCGAUAUCGCGAUGGCGACGCGCACUUUCCGCGACUUUAUGGCGCGCACUGGCCUCGCACACUCGCUCUUCCACCUGCUUGCUGCCAAUGAAAUGUGUGGCGCUGUCCUAGCUUGGGCUGUCGUAGGCUACAAGCUUGUGCGCAUGUACGUUCUUGGGCCGAGCCGCAUCGCGAUCGAGGUCACGCCGCCUCGCUCUGCAAACUUUACCGCCACACCACAUAUCUCACCCCAGGAACGCGAGGGGAUAACGUACGCGGCACUCGAGACGACGCGUGCCUUUGAGCGACUCCCACAUUCGUUCCUGGAGCCCGACGACCCGUCCGUUUUCCCGCCUGGCCCUCGACUGAAUCGCAACACGCUUCAGGCGUUUGCUAAUGUUGCCGCUGCCUCGGUGCUACGCCUCGGUGCACUUGACUGCACGGCGGCUCUCCACCCUCUCCCCACGCUGCAGCAGGGCGCCGUUGCCGCGGACAUGGCCGCUGUGCUCGCCGAGCUUUCACCCCUGCCUCUCAAACUGUGCCAGUACAUUGUCGAGCUUAGCCGGGGAGCAACCCUACUGCAUGUGGCUUCGCCACGGCCCCAACUCUGGCCUCUUGAGAAACAAGACUCUGACAGCGGCGAGUGUGAGAUGGGUGCUGCGUGCUGCCAGAACUUGCGCGGGGGGGGACUGGGCCUUGGCGGCAGCGGCGUCCAGAUGGCCGAACAAUCCACCCUCUCGCCCAACGUUGAGGCUGGGAGGAAACGCCCUGCCAGCGACGACGCCACUGAGGGCAUCGAUCGUGCCGUCGCGCGCGCGAGAACACCUGCCAGCUCGGAUGUAAGUGGGGAGCGCCGGUCGCCAAUACACAUUGAUAGCCCUGAGCUGGAGCAUCGGCCUCUGGACGAACACGACUUUGACCAUAUGCCGCCCAUUGUACCUGGACAACGUUCCCGUGGAGGAAUCGACUGGGACUCGCUGGACGCGGCGAUCAACCGCCUUGCUGUCUUUGUUCCUGUCACCCCGAGUGAGAUGGACGCACUCGUCGCCGCCCAGAUUGAAGAAGACUCUGAGCCUUACUCGGUGCAAGGUUUCUUUGCGUCGUCACCGGAAGCCAUGGAUAUCGAGGAUCAGGACAAGGAGGAGGAGGAGGAAGGAACACCCAUCCGCACCCUUGCGGAUGAGUACGAUUCGGAGACGGAAUCAGAUAUUGUAGACUAG